CAAAAAUUCUUCCAAGGCGUCAGACCAGGAACUUCAGCUCAGACUCAACUCGACCAUCAUCAUCAACAAACAUCUUCACGGCCAUCAUCGCAACUACAUUCAAUUAUACAGACAUAUUUACCCCAAGGGCCUCCCUUCUUAUCUCAUCAAUCACCAUGCCUACCGAAGCAGACAAGAAAGCGGCGGAGGCAGCUGCCGCCCAGAAGGCAGCCGACGAGGCCCGGAAGGCUGCCGAGCAGGCGAGAAUCACCGAGAACAUUCAGCACUUGACCGAAGAGCAGCGCCAGCAGAUGCAGGACGCAGGGAAGAGCUCGCAAGGGAGGCGAGGGGCGGCUUAGAAAUAGGGCGCACAGCGGCAGCGGCGCCAUCGCGCACCCUUGCGUGGCCAAGCUCUCCCACCCGCUGCAGCCAUUCGGGCAGGAAGCCAGUUCAAACGCUGGUGUGGUCUGGUCGCAGCUGCAUCCCCAAUCUUGUGCGCCGUGGACGACGAAUGGGCUGCGUGUUUCAACCCGAGUCAUUCCUUGUCAUUAUUAUCCAGGCUAGUAGACACGCAAAGGAGUAGUGUCACUCGCCAACAUGAAAAGCCCUUCGCGAGGUUAGUCUAUUAGUGGAA